GUCAACACUCAGUUUGCGAAUGAGCCCACAAUCUCUUCCACCGGGCGAAAGUCGCGCGUCUCUUUUAAGCCUGAACUAGUCGAUAUGGUCGCUUCACCACCAACCAUAUCUACAAUUCUUGACAAUCUUUUACACGAUCAGGAAGAUUCGAGCUUCCUCAUUUCAAAUGACUCUUCCUCCACCCAGCCGACAUCGCUGUCAGACUCGUCCCCAACUUUGUCUGAGCUUGCUUUACACAAUAUUGGUCAAAUAUACGAGCAUAAGACUCCAUCUCAACCCGAAUCUACUGGUGAAUCGAGUCAUGAUCAAACCGAAACAAGAUCAGACAUUGAUCAUAAUCAGACUACAAGAACAUCUCAUACUUCAUCUAUCCUGAGUGAGGAAAAAAAGAGAGAUUCGUCUUUUGACAGAGAAGCUUCGCAAAAAUCUAAUCAGAUGGAUGUCGAAACUUUGUAUUCGUCGGGAAUGAGUGAACCCAGCCCAAGGGUUGGCAAGCCUGAAGGCAAGCCAGCAACCCCUACUCACUCUGAAUUUUCCCAUCAAAAUGGUAUAAUAGAGCAGGAGGCUUCGAUGAAUACGGAGACAGCUGGGCAGCUUGAAGUGCAGGCGAAACGGAUAGGAAAUGAGUCGACGGAGGACUUCAAAGAAGCCAAUAAAGGGCAACCGAAUGAGGCUAUGCCCACUAGGCAGGAUGCUUCACAUCAUACAUUGGCAGCGGUACAGAAAGCCGAAGGUGCUGAUCCCGGGCUCAUUCCUGGGGUCAGUUCAACUAGCUCUGGAGAAGAGGAUAGUGAAAUAUUAUCACAGGCGAAGACGACUGACCCUCGACAAGUCGGUAACAACGAGCAACAUAUAGAGCAUGAAAAACUACAUUGCACUUUCAAGCCGGAGGCAUUUACGUUGGUGCCGGAAGUGAAUACAAGCCUUGUCGACGCUCACGCGGCACAGGUCGUUAAUAAGACUAGAUUGGCAAGUCAGACUUCCACACAAUCAGCCAGUGAUAAGUGCGAGUUAGGCAGCUCUAAAAGAGUGGACAGGUCAAAUUCAGCGCGAAACAGAAGAGCCCAAGCGAAUACUGUCGCAACGUCGCGAACAGAAAGGAUUUCACUCGUGACCGAUCAGAAGAAUCUUAGGAGCCCGGCCAAUACCCCACGUCACCAGGAGCUGAAGUACGUUAACAAAGACGAACAACUGGAGUUUACAGAGUAUUUGAUCCUGGACCAGCCAUCCGGACAUGCACCUAAAAGUUUCACUGGCGCUGUGACCCCAAGGAGACAGGCCAAACAGGUAGGCUGA